UUUCAGUGGAAUAUCUUUGUUCUUGUGUAUGAUACUUGUGUAAAAUUAUCUUGACAAGAAGACUGUCAGAAAAGACCACGCCUAUCAAAUUAUUUUUUAAAAUUAAAUUAUUUUACCGAUGUAUGUUAUCUUCCCGUUUUUUUCUAGCAUGACUCAGUUAGUUAUUUAAUUUGUUUUGAAUUUUAGAUUGCAUAUUCACUAAAAUAAAUUAUGUUGCAUAUUUUGCACAAAUAAAUUCUGCAAUUGUAUGUUUGUUGUUCUAUAAAAUGUGCAAUAGUAUACCAGCAGCUAUGAAGGAUCAAAAAAGCUUUGAAGUUAUUGUGCAGGACUGUACUCCUGAAAGGAAAGAGGUCGUUGACAAAUUGGUUCAACGAUCCGAAGCAAGGAUCGCCGAGAUGGAGAGGAAAAAAUAUGAAAAGGACACUAGAGCAUCCGUUUAUGAGCAAACUGACUACUUCAAUGUCACGUUUAAUUAUCAGAAGCAACAGAUUGAAUCCAAGUUAUUGAAUGCUCCUAAUAUAGAUAAAAGUCAUCUUACUUCUUAUUUUGAUGAAAUAGUGAGAGAUUUUCAAGAAUUACAAAAGUUUUUGUCUGAUUCUACAUUAUUUUUGCCUACUUAUGAUAUUAAGAAAGGUCAAGAAAGUCUUAAGGUGUUACAGGAUGAAAUUCAAGCAGCUCAGAAUGAUUUAAUUCCUAAAAAAAAAUUUGCUUUUAAGAAUAAAAAGAAGAUUCCAAAUGGUGUUAAGGCUCCAUCUUGUCCAGAAAAGAUACAACCUAAUAACAUCAUUGAACCUAUGUCAAUGGUUAAGCUUUGCAAAUGUGGUUUCAAAGAUAUAUCUAAUGAGAAUUUAGUCAAAUUCAGAGAAGAGAUUGAAAAGCAAGAUGUUGGUCUCCAUCAUUUGAAAAACUGUACUGUCCAUCUAUAUGGUGCUCCAAGCACUAUAUUUAUUAGUGGUUUAACCGAUUGUUAUAUAUUUGCUGGUCCUGUAUCAACAUCUGUUUUCAUAGAGAAUUGUAAAGACUGUACUUUUGUUUUUGCUUGUCAACAACUUAGGGUGCAUUCUUGUGUAGACUGUUACUUUUAUUUACAUGUAACAAGUAGAACUAUUAUUGAAGACUGCAAGGAAUUAUAUUUUGCUCCUUAUAAUUGGACAUAUGAUGGUCAAGAUGAGGAUUUUAUUGUAUCUGGAAUUGAUAAAACUAAAAAUAACUGGGAUUCUAUUGAUGACUUUAACUGGCUAGUUAUUGGUACACCAUCUCCUAAUUGGUAUUUUCUAGAUGCUGAAAAAUAUCAAACAUGGAGUUGAUUUUUAGCAGAUUAUAAUGUACUAUGCCAUUUUUUUAAUGUGAUAAUUUUUUAUGUUUAUAGGUUUUGCAAAUAAAUAUGCACAUAUUAAUUGUUAACCUGUUUUUACUAGAUUAAUGAUUAAAAGACAAAGCAUGUAAUAAGUUGUUGAGUACUUUUAAAUGAUAUGCAUUGCAAAUAACAGAAUGUCAGUUUGAAACAUUGCUGUUCUAUAUCUAUUAAAUGCAUUUGACCUAAUAACAAAGCUGUAGAUCUAGAUUUUUAAUUAAAAAUCUUAGCCAUAUUUGGCUUAUUGUUGAAAGUGAAUAUACAUUAUAAUUAGGUUUGAAAUUUAUAAAUUAUGCUUAAUAAAUUGUACAUUUAUUUUUAAAUGAAAUAUAUAUAUAUAUGUUCACUGCAUAAGAGCUUAUAAGUUAAAAAUACACAAAAUAUUU